AUGUUUUAUGUAAAUUCCUUUUUUAUCGCAUUAACUGGCUGCCUUGCUAUUUCAAAAGAUUUGGUUGUUAUUGACCAAUGUUACGUUGAAAUCAAUGGAUUCCGCCAACUUUCAUUACCCUUAAAUGUUAGAGGAUGUCAGGAUAAGAGCCCAGAGUAUUGCGAUGCGCUUUUUGGUAAUAUUUCUCUACCAGAGGAUGCAACAAAAGGAUCUUGCAAAGUGUCAGGUCGCUGCUAUCACCCAACCUUUAUGCUGGAUGCGAAAGAAAGAUGCGCUAGAACAUGUGCACUAUGCUGCAAGCUUCCUCAAUAUGAUUGCACAGACGUGGACGAACACCAUUGUAAAAUGGUAAAAGAUUACAAACUUUGUGAUGAACCAGGAUAUAUAGAAAAUGCUAUCAAAAUUUGCCCAUCUUCUUGCGGUUUGUGCGACCAGCCGGGAGCUGGUGGUAUUAAAUGCAAAGAUAUAUUUGAUAAUUGUGAAGGACUUAAGACUUUUCUUAGCUGUGAUGAACCUGUGAUGAAAGAAAAAUGUAAACAUAGUUGCGGAAUUCAGGAAUGUGGUAAAGAGACAAUUCAACCAGAAAGGAGAAAGAAUGCAAUCCAGCAAAGAAGAGAAGAGUGUAAAGAUACUAGGACUGGUUGUGAGAAUUACAAAGUGUUUUGCAAUCAUGCAAAGAUGCGGCAAUAUUGUAAAGCUACAUGCGGAGUUUGUUAA